CUGAUCUGGAGAAGCUAAAGCAAUGGGUUGCGAAGAAGAAGAAGCAGCCGGGGAUUCACRUGUCUUCGUUUGUGGUGACGACUGCUUACCUCAGCGUCUGCACAGCCAAGAUGAAGGGCUCAUCAGCGGAUAAAAUUGGAAUGAUAUUCGCCAUGGAUGCGAGGGCUCGUUUGGAGCCUCCCGUGCCGCCCAAUUACUUUGGGAAUUGUUUGGUUGCUCGUCCCAAAUUCCUGGAAAGAUUUGAGCUUUCGGGUGAAAACGGAAUGGUUUGUGCUGUGGAGGCAAUUUGGGAGGCCAUAAAAAGCGUGGAAGAGGAAGGAGCUUUGAAGGGGGCSGAGAAUUUGGGKAUGGUUAUAAAAUCGGCAGUAACUGAUGAUGAGACGCCGCUUGUUUCCAUUGGUGGGUCGCCCAGGUUUGGAGUUUACGGCACUGAUUUCGGGUGGGGAAAGCCGAGGAAGGUGGAGAUGGUGUCCAUUGAGAUCACGAGAGCAUUCUCUCUCGCAGAAACUGGAAGUGGCGAUGGCGGAAUAGAGAUUGGGUUCGUCAGGGAAACAAAUGAAGUCCAAAGUUUUGUUGCUCUAUUUGCUGAAGGUCUUACAUCUCUUUGAAACCACCUGUUCUUUUGUGCUUGUCACCAUGCAAUCUUCACGAGACGCUGAUCAGACAUAUCUACUAAAAAAAAUAAGUUAAUUUAGCACUAUGUGAUAGAUAAAUGGAAAAACUAAACAAUUAGGUCAAAGAUAGGGUGGCACGUUGUCCCAAAAGGAUUCG